UCUCCUGGAAGCGCUAGAGAGUUUCAUGUUGUGAAGUCAUGUUGAGUGAUACCGAACCGUGUUGUGUUUCAAUUGCUGUGGGCGUAGGCUUGAAAAAGAAAAAGAAGACGGGAAGAAAAGUUACUCAAUGAACUGAGAAUCAUUGAACCUAAUGAUUUUCGCAACUUUUUACGGAUGGACGGAGAAUUAUUCGAUGAACUCCUUGCUGUGGUCACUCCUCAAAUCGAAAAAAUGGACACUACCAUGCGCGAUGCUAUUCCUCCAAGUCAACGUUUCUCCAUAACCCUACGGUAUCUCGCGACCAAAAAUAGCUUUGAAGACCUCAAGUGUUUAACUGCUGUUUCACCUCAGUCAAUAGGGCACAUCGUUAUGGAAACCUGCAUUGCUCUGAUCAACAGCCUCGAGGAAUACAUCAAGGUACCAACUAGCGAAGAAGAAUGGAAACAAAUUGCGCAAGAUUUCUACGAUCAAUGGAAUUUCCCAAAUUCUCUGGGUGCAGUCGAUGGGAAACAUGUCGCAAUAAAAAAACCCCACAAUUCUGGAUCACUUUUUUUGAACUAUAAAAAAUUCUUCAGCAUUGUGAUGAUGGCAGUCGCUAAUGCGAAUUAUGAGUUUAUCAUGGUUGAUGUAGGAAUAAACGGGCGAAUAUCGGAUGGCGGUGUAAUUCGUUACACCAAGUUCGGGCAAGCGCUUGCAGAUAAGACACUGGGAAUUCCGGAACCUGCACAACUGCCGAAUAGUCAGAAAAUAUUGCCAUUCGUUUUUGUGGGAGAUGAUGCCUUCGCAAUGACAGAAAAUUUAAUCAAAACCCUACCCUCAAGCAGGAUUAAAUGUGGAGAGAAGAGUUCGCAAUUACCGAUUGAGUCGUGCACGUCGUGUAAUCGAAAAUGUCUUCGGGAUUUUGGUCAGCAGGUUUAGAGUACUACAGCACCCAAUAGCGCUGUCUCCAGAAAAGACUCGCAUAAUUGUCUUGGCAUGUUGUUAUUUACACAACUUUUUGCGAAAACGCCAACCACGAGCUUACAUAACCAGAAAUCUCGUAGAUAGUGAGGAUUUGCAGGCCGUUGUUGUCGAGAGCGGAUCAUGGAGGGAUGUUGUAAAUGAGACAACACCACUUCAGCCAAACAGUUCCUUGAGGAACGCAACAACUAGUGCUAAAAUGGUCAGAAAUGCCUAUUCUGAUUUCUUCAACAAUGAAGGCCAGGUUUCAUGGCAAUGGAAAAUUGUAGGUGUACCAGCCUCGACCAACAAUUGAAAAUGGCAUACCUAUCCCGAAAAAUGUGAAACUGUGAAGCGAAAAAGUUGAUUUGAUUUAGCAAAAUAUGUAAUAAUAAGUUGUUAAUUUGAUUUCAUUCAUAAUAAUGAUUUCAUGUAUAUGAGACGCGUAGUGAAAA